AUGGCAAGGAUCUUUGAAAUGGACCAAGGUGGCGCCAAUACAAUAAGAGUAGUCGGAACAUUCGGUUACAUGUCUCCCGAGUAUGUAACACAUGGCGAGUUCUCUACAAAAUCAGAUGUAUAUAGCUAUGGAGUAUUGAUGCUUGAGAUCAUUAGUGGCAAGAAGAACAGCAGCUUCCACCGUAUGGGUGGUUCUGUUACCAACUUAGUCACUUAUGUUUGGAAACUUUGGGAGAAGAAUUCAUUGCAUGAACUCAUAGAUCCCAGCAUUCAAGAAGAAUGUAUCGGAGAAGACUGUAAAAAGGAUGAAAUUAUAAGAUGUAUCCAUAUCGGACUAUUAUGCGUUCAGGAAAAUUCAGCAGAUCGUCCAGCAAUGUCGGAGAUUCACCAGAUGCUCACCAACACUUCACUUAUUCUGCAUGUGCCUAAGCCACCUGGUUUUUUCUUUCCGAACGGACCAGAAUCGAAUCAAUCUACAAGCAAGUCUUUCACUUGUUCAGUAGAUGAUGUAACAAACACCAGUGUUGAUCCUCGUUGA